AUGAGCCCCAAAAAGCAAUUCAUGCUUCCCAACGAGAUGGCCUACGCCCGUUGGAAGCAUGCUAGUGGCGGUCCUCGUACCACUGGUCAGACUUCUAUCAAUGUUGAUAGCGACCAGCCACACAGCUUCGAAUCUUUUGUUCUCUCCCCUGGCGAGGAGAAAGUUGAGGUUCAGACCGACACUCGCAUCCCGUCUACUGCUAUCUUCACCUUCAACAAGGAGGACCACACUCUUGGCAACCUCCUCCGCUCUCGUCUUCUGCAGAGCCCUCAUGUUCUUUUUGCUGGUUACAAGAUCCCCCAUCCUCUGGUUCCUAAGUUUGAACUUCGUAUCCAAACCGAUGGUGAGGUCACUCCCAAGGAUGCUCUGCUUGCCGCUUGCCACGACCUCGUUAAGGACCUGGGUAUUCUUUCCCGCGAGUUCACCAAGGAGUUUGAGCUGCGUAAGAUGGUGGGUGCUGCCCAGCAGCAGCAGAACGGUGCCACUGACGGCGCUUGA